CCUUACACAUCAGUUGCUCGUAGAUUUGACAGUUGUUAAGCAGUGGCAGAUUUGUUCGUCUGCAUCUAAUAUCGCAACAAAUUGUGCAUUAUUAACGAUACAUUGUUUAAUAUUUUAUAUUUCUUCAAUAAACUUCACAGCAUCAAUGGCAAAUGUUGAAGAUUUUCGUAAAUUGAUGAAAUCUCUGAUUGUGUGCUCGAAAGUGGCCGGGGUUGAGAUGUGGACUGCACCGGGAAAGCUUAAGCCAGCCUCGUAUUACCUUUCAUUUCAUAUAACAGUAUAUUUCGUCAGUACUGUUUGGACACUAAGAAAGUACAUCGAUGAUCCAAUUCAUAUGAUGAAGGUCCUCAUAACGAUGGGAACUGCUGUACAGCUCUAUAUCAAGUUCUUUGUAGCACAUUCGAAAGCCCAAGAAGUCAAGUUAUUUACCGUGGAACUGGAGCAAGAAGUGCUUAAACGCUAUCAAAAUGGGUCUGAGGAGGAAACUGCUGUGCUUAGACGUACAGGUCGCAUUCUUUGGAUAGUGCAUCGUUUGAUGAGUGCGUCAUAUAUCUUCGUUGCAGUCGCAUUCGGACUUUAUCCAGCAUUUUAUUACUUUGCAACGGGAAAAGUGAUGCCUUUGUUUCUGUACGAACUCCCGUUUUUCAAUGUAAGCUCUUCUUUAGGGUACGCCGUAACGAUGGGUUUUCAAAUUAAUCUGUUGGCAAUUGGAGUUCUGGGAGCAAUACUGUCAGAUUUUAUGUUUUUCAUGUACGCAAUGUACGCUAUGGCUAGGGCAGACAUUUCGAUAGUGCAUCUUAGUGAGCUAGAAAACAUACUUAACGACUCCACUAAGAAUGAAGAACACUCUGCAGAAUUACGUCACAAAUGGAUCCAGUGCAUGCACGAUCAUCAGCAAUCAACCAGCUUUUUCAGCACAGUUGAAAACAUUUUUGGACUCAUGUGUUUAGCACAGGUUUCAACUGCAACAUUGUCAAUAUGUGACGCAAUGCUUUUAGUGCUUUUGACUGAUUGGUACCCAACGUAUUCUUACCUGUACGUGGUAUUCGUCCAACUAUCAGGGUUCUUUGUGAUUGGUCAUUUGGUAGAGCUUAAGAUUGACGCAUUGUAUAACAAGAUCAUCUCUAUGCCUUGGUAUAAGCUUCCGGUGAAGGAACAGAAGGAAUUUAGAUUUCUAUUGAGCCGUCAGCAAUGUCCGAUGAUACUGACAGCGUAUGGCUUUCAUCCCAUGAACUUCGAGGCGUACAUGAGUGUAUUAAAGGGUUUGUACCAGUUUUUCGUGAUGAUCUUGCAGUAUAUUGGCAGAAACUGAAACAUAUUUUUUCAAAUAAUUGUUCAUCUUAAUGUGCACUAAAAUAUGCAAAGCACACAACACAAAAUAUCUGUUAGUUUUCGCCGACCUCGUUGAUUUACACAACAAUUGUAGUGCAUACUGCAGCACACAUGGUUUACAACUAAAUGUCAGUUUAAACACACUUUAAAUGACACUUUAGCAACUCGCGAUGCGCGUUCCAAAAGAGGCCAUAAAUAACGAUAUCUAAGAAACUCUUGUUAUGAUUUGGCAAACAGCACCAUUACCCGCAAGAAUAAAGUCAAAGGCAGCGUGAGAGAAAAGCUCUUAAAACUUACUAAACAGAAAAUUUGUCAACAGUUGUUUUCAAAACAUAAAAGAAAGCUUAAAGAGAAAUGAUUCUCAAAACCAGUGAAAUGUGUCGUAGCUCGGGUUGAUUUUUAUUUUGCGUUUUUAUUUUUUUUAAUUUACUAAUAUUUAGUAAAGCAUAUCCAGUUUCGUUUGAUACAUCGGUAAUUUAAUUUAUCCAACUGCACGUAUCACCAGACAUUGUACCCGGACGUAUAACCGCGCGGCUACAUGAGGUGAAAUAUACAGCGAAAUGAACUAUUUGACAGUCGAAAUAUCUGACGGAUAAAGCAUCACAGCAACCAGGUGAAGUGCAAUGUAAACAAAUAACGUGCACAAAAUCGUAAUUAACUCCAUUAAAUAUCUUUAAUAUUGAGUACUUCGUCAAUUUUCAAUCAUCAGUUCAUAAUUUCUUCUUAUUAGGGAAUGUUCUGCUUAAGAAGAUAUUAUUUUUAAUAGAAUUUCGAAAGCGGAUGUUGUGUCUCCCCCAACCCUUUAGCUAUACCUGUUAGAUAUUUCACCUGUCAAGUAGUUCAUUUCGCUGUAAAUUUCACCUUAUGUAGCCGCGCGGUAAUGUAUGAUUUUUUAACAUCGUUGCUUGGAUCAUUUCAAGUGCAUCAAACAUAAACAGCAAUCCACAACAAAAUUCACCGUAACAAUGAAUAAAAAAGGGGAGAGCGCAAUCUAGAGCGAAAUAUGCAUUUGAGAGAGAUGGUGAGAAAAAUGCUCGCAAAAAACGGCGAUGUAACAACCAUUACUUUUCAUUGCCAAAAGUAAACGACUUCAAUAAAAAGUAGAAUAAUGUA